AUGGGCCGCACUCUGAUGUAUCCCAAGGGAGUGUCGAAUACAGUGAAUCGGUAUAAACAUCGCGCAACAUACGAUCUGGGUGCAAUUCAUUCCAUAAUCAAUACAUCACAGGUGCUCCAUGUCUCAUUCAAUCCUGGCCCAGAGGACCCAUUCCCCACGAUCCUUCCUAUGAUCGGACAGAUGGGAUCUUUCGACUACCCAUCAGCAACUAUUGAUGAGCCCCUUGAGUGCUACCUCCAUGGCUAUGUGAGCUCCCGCAUAAUGAAUUUGGCCCGUAAUUCCGAGUCCGCAGAACAGGGCCUCCCAAUAUGUAUCGCCACGAGUCGAGUGGAUGGCAUAGUCCUUUCGCUCACCCCCAACUCUCACAACUACAACUACCGCUCUGCGAUCUUGCAUGGUUAUGCAAAGCUGGUCACAUCGGAAGAGGAGAAGCUUUGGGCUAUGCAGCUAAUCACCAACUCUGUUGUCGCGGACCGCUGGGAAAACUCCCGAGUCCCACCCGACCGCGCGGAAAUGUCGUCUACGGUGAUUCUCAAAGUUAGGGUUAUCGAUGGCAGUGGUAAGAUUCGAGAUGGCGGGGUUUCUGAUGAGCGCAAGGAUGCGGACAAUGCCGACAUCACCAGUCGUAUCUGGACGGGCGUAGUUCCUGUCUGGGAGAUGUUUGGGGAGCCCGUUUCCAGUGAUGGGAAUAAGGUCGCCGAGGUUCCAGAACAUAUUGCAUCCUUUAUUGCGAAGAAGAAUGAGCAGAAUCGGGCUUAUGCGGAAGGAGCCUUACAUGUUGAGUUGCCUCCGGAAGAAAGACAUUGA